AUGGCCGCGCCGCCGGAUCCCCGAGACGAGCUGCUGCCGCUGGCCGGCCCCGGGUCCCAGUGGUUCGGGGACCGGGGGGAGGGGGAGGACGAAGCGGUGACGCCGAAAGGAGCCAAGCCCGAGACGCUGGCGGGGGAGCCGGGACCCGGGCUGGGCGCCGGGGCCGCCGAAGCUGCGCCGCGGGAACUGGGCUCGGGCCCCGCCCGGCCGCCGCCCGUUGCCAUGGAAACUGCAUCCACAGGUGCAUCGGAUGUCUCCAGGGCCAUGGAUCAUACCUUUUCAACAGUGGCAAAGGAUGGGGAAGGAGUGUGUUAUACAUCUCUGAUUUCUGACAUCUAUUACCCACCUCGGGAGGAUGCUACAUAUUUCACUGGAAUUCUUCAGAAAGAAAACGGCCGCAUCACUGCUUCAGAGAGCCCUGAGGAGUUGCGUCCCCCUGGAUCCUCCUUACCAGAUGUGCCUGGGAUGGAGCCUCGUGGCUUAUUUAGUUCUGAUUCUGGAAUAGAAAUGACUCCGGCAGAGUCCGCUGAAGUGAACAAGAUCUUAGCAGACCCCCUGGACCAGAUGAAAGCAGAAGCCUAUAAAUACAUUGACAUAACUAGGCCAGAGGAGGUGAAAUAUCAGGAGCAAUGUCACCCCAAGUUGGAAGAGAAAGACUUGGACUUUAAGAAUAAGGACACUGAAAUCUCACUAAGGUCUGAAGAGACCCGUGAGGCUGAGAAACCAAUUCCUGUGGAGGGGAAAAUCCUCAAGGACCAUUUAUUUGAGGAAUCAACCUUUGCGCCAUAUGUAGACGAUAUCUCUGAAGAACAGCGCAGUGCCCCUCUGAUUGCCGCCCCUGUCAAGAUCACGCUGAGUGAGAUCGAGCCUUCUAUUGAAACCGCUACCCCAGAGAAGACCCCUGAGAAGCAAGAUAUCUGCCUGAAACCGAGUCCUGACACAGUCCCCACGGUCACCGUCUCAGAGCCUGAAGACGACAGCCCAGGAUCCAUCACUCCUCCAUCUUCCGGAACAGAACCAUCUGCUGCAGAAUCCCAGGGGAAAUGCGGCAUCUCCGAGGAUGAGCUGAUCACUGCCAUUAAGGAAGCAAAGGGGUUAUCCUAUGAGACAACGGAGAGCCCACGGCCAGCGGGCCAGAGGGCCGAGAGGCCCGAGGCCAAGGCCAGGUCUGGGCUGCCCACCAUCCCCAGUCCCCUGGACCACGAGGCCAGCAGCGCGGAGUCGGGGGAUUCGGAGAUCGAGCUGGUGUCCGAGGACCCACUGGCCGCUGAGGAUGCGCUGCCCUCGGGUUACGUGACCUUUGGUCACGUGGGCGGCCCGCCGCCGUCACCGGCCUCGCCGUCGAUCCAGUACAGCCUCCUGAGAGAGGAGCGUGAGGCCGAGCUGGACAGCGAGCUCAUCAUCGAGUCGUGCGACGCCUCCUCCGCCUCAGAGGAGAGCCCCAAACGGGAGCAGGACUCACCGCCGAUGAAGCCAGGUGUCCUAGACGCCAUCCGGGAGGAGCCGCGCGCCCGGGUCGAGGAGCGCACCCCCAGCCGGCGGGCCCUGGCAGAGCAGGAGCCCUUCCUCACUUUCCCCUCGGCUGCCCCGCGAGCCAGCCCGGAGCUGCCCUCCGGAGACCCUGCCCCCGCCCCCGAGGGGCCCACCGCUCCACAGACACCCGUGGAAGCAGCGAGUUCCGACCAAAGCUCCCAGGCCACGAAGGCCCCCGGGCUUCGGGGCCCUGGCGUCAUGCCCCUUCUGCUGUUUAUCAAUAAGCAAAAAGCUAUUGACCUGCUGUACUGGAGGGACAUCAAGCAGACGGGGAUAGUGUUUGGGAGCUUCCUGCUGCUGCUCUUCUCCCUGACGCAGUUCAGCGUUGUGAGCGUCGUGGCCUACCUGGCCCUCGCUGCGCUCUCAGCCACCAUCAGUUUCCGCAUCUACAAGUCUGUUUUACAAGCUGUGCAGAAAACCGACGAGGGUCACCCUUUCAAGGCCUACUUGGAGCUCGAGAUCACCCUGUCUCAGGAGCAGAUUCAGAAGUACACAGACUGCCUGCAAUUCUACGUGAACAACACACUCAAAGAACUGAGGAGGCUCUUCCUUGUCCAGGACCUGGUGGAUUCCUUAAAAUUUGCAGUCCUGAUGUGGCUCCUGACUUACGUUGGCGCUCUCUUCAAUGGCCUGACCCUGCUGCUCAUGGCUGUGGUUUCAAUGUUUACUCUACCUGUAGUGUAUGUUAAGCACCAGGCACAGAUUGACCAAUAUCUGGGACUUGUGAGGACUCACAUAAAUGCUGUUGUGGCAAAUUCUGAAGGCUACAGGUCCAAAACCGCGGUGCCGGCAGGGCCGCACUCUUCUCUGACGGCUCUGGGAGAGGAUUCUCCCUUGCCUCGUCUAGCUGCUGGUGGUUGCCAACAGUCCACGGCAUUUCCUGGCUUGCAGGUGCAUCGCCCCAGACCCAAGGCCAUCUUCUCACUGAGUAUCUUCACACCACCUUCCCUCUGCGCCCAAAUCCCCCCUUUCUAUUAG